AUGGUGUCUGUGUCGCCGACGCCGUUGCUGGCGGUAACGCUGCUAUUCCGCGCCAAGCCACGUUUUGCUGGGAUCGACCAUGUGAUCAGGGCCGUAUCGGCCUACGCUGACUCAUCCGUCGAGCUGCCUCUCAAUAAGGCGUGUAAUUUCGGGUCCGUGACGCUGUUGGACCGCAUCUGGAGCACUACCGUUGACUUGGAACCCGGAGGGUGGGGGCUCUGGUCCGUCAGGAAGCUGCUGCGGACAUACAAAGUGUAUGGCAAGCUGCAAUUCACAUUGUGUCUGCUGGUAGCAGUGAAAAUUAAUAACGUAGAGGUCGUUCGAUGGCUAUUCAACCACUUUCCAGACUACGGUGUGAGGCGGAAAGUAAUUUACGAAGCGGCGUCAGCAGGAGCGCUAGAGAUUCUGCAAUAUUUCCGAGCUAAUGGAACCGCAAUAAGUAAUGAAGAGGAAGAGCAGGAAGAGGACGGGGAAUGGAACGAAGAAAAGGAAAACUGGGAGAAAGGGCGCUGGGUUUGCUGGGGAGGACUCGAUGCUGCCAAAGCUGCAAUUGCCGGACAUGCCGACGUCGUCAAGUGGAUGUACGAGACUUACGCUCAGACCUGUGAAAACAGAAACGACUUCUGCGCUAUCGAUGCGGCUUUUAUUGCAGGAGACAUGGAGCUGGCCAACUGGCUGAUGGAUAAGCUCGACAUGAGUCCCGAAGGACACGACGCUCUCCAUGGUGCUGCCGCUAACGGCCAUGUCGAGCCGCUGCAGUGGUUUCAAGAACGUGGAGAAUACACGUCGUGGGAUGCUGGAACACUGUUUAAAGCGGCGGAAGCAGGGCAAUGGAACGCCGUUCGAUGGAUCGUUGACCGUGAUCGGAAUGAUAGCGAGCUUGGGGACCAAAGCGGUCCGGAAGAGUACAAUUUUGACUACAGCUAUGGCGAUAGGACGCGUCGGACAUAUCUUACUUGCCUCGGAGGAGAAGCAACUCUAGCUAUACAUGCUGCUGCGAUUAACGGACACCUGGAAGUUGCUAAAUAUCUGCGUGCUCAAACUGACAAGCCACGCAAUGACCGAGAGAAAACAAAAGAGAAUUGGCGACUGAACAAAAGAAUUAAAGCUCUAUCCGAGCGACUGAGAGGGAGCUCUAGUGUUGAAAGCGUCUCAGGAAGAACAAUGAUGUUUGCUGCAGAGCGAGGAUUCCUUAAUGUGGUGAAGUGGCUGUACUCUGAGUACCACAGCGAUCCAAAAAUUAAUCUCUUCUGGGUUCGUGGACACGUCGAUGAAUAUGGAUACAGUGACACUGAUCAUGAAUACAUGAACGAGGAUACUGAGUCCUAUUGCAGCGUGGUCGAUGCAGCAGCAGGUAAAGGCCACUUGGAGAUCGUUCAAUAUUUGCUUCAGAUCGGACACGAGGAGGAAGAUACCCGUAAACACAAGCGACAGCGCGUCCAUGAGAGCCGAGACAAUGUCCUUCGUGGCUCCUUUAGCCCAUCAGCCAAGCUGAGAUGCACUGAUGUAGCGAUGGACGUUGCAGCUGCUCACGGCCACUUAGAUGUUGUUCGCUGGCUUCAUGCAAAUCGCACAGAGGGCUAUGGUGCUGCGAGUGGGGGUCAUUUGGACGUUGCGAAGUGGCUACACCAGAACCGAACUGAGGGCUACAGUCGUGCAGCUAUGGACAAUGCAGCUAGUGGGGGGCAUUUGGAGGUCUUGAAGUGGUUGGAUGGUAAGCGGGCGCGCUGUUCAACUGCCGCGUUGGACGGUGCCGCCGCCUAUGGCAAGUUGGGAAUUGUGAAGUGGCUCCGUAAAAAUCGACCCGAGGGGUGUACAACGCUGGCAAUGGACGGCGCGGCUCAUGGAGGCCAUCUGCGAGUGCUUCGGUGGCUGUUUGAGAACCGCAAGGAAGGCUUCACUGACAGAGCUAUGGAGAAUGCAGAGCGGCACUCGCAGUUUGAAACUCUGUUAAUCCUGCACAACAUCGCACAGCAAGGCCUCGCAAAGGAGGUAGAGAUCAUGGAAGAAGAAGAGUCGAAUGCCUGGAUCUCUGAGCACUACCUCGACAUCGCACGCGCGGAAUUUUAUCCCGGAAGCGGCAUUGGAUGGUAG